AAUAUGUAAAAUAUUCUUGUUUAAAUUAUUGGGUUAUGACGUUUACUAGAUUUAGUAGAGUCUAUAAAGUACAGAUCUAACAUAGACUUGAUACUCAUUGAUAGAGAGAGUCUGACUAGAGAUAGUCUAGUCUUAAAUCGAGUCUAGAUCUAGAUCUAUAGAUUUCUAAUCUAAUCUUAACUCUAUAAGCAUUACUAAUAGAUUUACCAAAAAUAUGACUAGAUCUACAUUGACUACAUUAAUUGCCAAACUACUGGUUAUUUUAAUAAUUUAUAAUUAUGCAAACUGUGAUAAUGUGAAUACUCAGUCUGAGUCUCAGACUCCCGAGCAAAAAGACAUGCUCAACAAGUUGAAAAAGAAACAGUUGGUAACAAGAGUCAUGAGCAAACCAGAUGAUUGUACUGUCUUGUCAGAUGUAGGAGAUGAACUUCUAGUUCACUAUACAGGUUACUUGGAAGAUGGCACAAUAUUUGAUUCUUCAGAAAAACUUAACAAAAAUCCCAUCAGUUUUAAAAUUGGAGAUCGGAUGGUAAUAGCAGGCUGGGAGAAAGGGAUGACAGGAAUGUGUGUUAAUGAGAAGCGACGUCUUGUGAUUCCUCCAGAACUUGGUUAUGGUAAAACUGGAUUUCCUCCUGUUAUACCUCCUGACGCCACACUCAUGUUUGAGGUCACUCUUGUGGACUUGAAGAAGAAAAGCUUCUCCGGCCUCCUGAGUGAUCCCCUUGAACACAUCUACAUUCUGAAACUGCUGGCUGCCCCUGUUGUAGUCCUGUACGUGCUAUAUUACCUGUAUAAGAGGUAUCUGGCAGAGGCCCAGGAAGCCAAAGACUUGAAACGAGGGAGGCGUGGUUCAAAGAAAAAACAGUAAAAGAGAGUUUCUCUUGUUUUUCUUGUUCAAUUGUUAUUUAUUAAUAUUUGCUCAUAUUGCGACAAAAAUUAAUAUAUGUAUGCAUCAUUAUCUGGAAAUUUUGAAUGCUAAUUUUUUUUUUUUAAAUCUUUUUUUUUUUGCUUGAUUGCUUAAAACUAUUUUAUUUUUUGGGUGUCCUUUAUCUUAAAAUUAAUAGAAUGUUUUAGAUGUUAAAUUAUUUCAAUGCUCAUUAUUUAUCUAAAUGUUUAAUUAUUUAAAAAUUUUGAAAGGUGAAACAAAAAUUGUAUAAUUAUCCAAUUUUCAUUAGGAAAGUUAAUAUUUAAUUUUUGGUUGUGUGUAUUUUUUUAAUUGUGAAAACUAAGUUAUUUAAUUAAUGAAUUGUUAGGAAAAAAUUUCUGGAUGGAGUAAUUCUGGAUAGAGUAAUUUUUCUAUGCUCAUUUAUUGCUGUUAUAAAAUUGCUUACAUAGUUUAAAGAUGUUUGGAGCUGAGGUUGGGGUGCUUAGAGGAUCUGGAAAAGUUUGACUGUAGUAGCUGUCCCCUUGAAGAAAACAAAAGCUGCUAUUAUUUUUAUGCUAUCUCUCUGUCAUAUUUACAUCUCAAAAAAACUAAAAGAUCCAUUGAAAAUCAGAUUUCAGCAUCUUUAUUGUGCUUGCAAUAGAUGCAACAGCUCUUUGUUGGUCUUAUUAUGGCCUCACCUUUUGUUUUAAAAUUUAGAAUGCAUAUAGAACAUAACCAGACAAUGGGAUAAUGAUGUAACCUGUUGCCUCACAAUUGAAAGAGAUAGCAUGCACAUAGAUGUAAACCUAUUGGCAAAAUCCAAAUAAAAGGCAAUUUAGCACUGUUAUUUUGCCAAACAAUAGAUGGACUAUUGUAAAGUCAGUCAUCUUCAUCAUGCUCAAAGGUUAUUUAAUGCUUGUCACUAAAACAUGUUUUUUGGCUUUAAAAUUCAGUAUUCUUUUUCUAUGGAUAUUUAUUUAUAAAUCAUUUAAAAAAAACAACUGUCCUUUUGCAAAAAAAAUAGAUGGGCUAUUCUAAAUUCAAUUUUAUUAUCUUUAUGCUUUAAUCCGGUGUAAAGGCUAUUAAUGGUUUAUCACUUAAACAUAUUUUGUUUUAAAAUUAAGUUUUCUUAGUCUGUGGACAUAAAUAUUUAUAAACCAUUUUUUAAAACAAUAUUUUAAAAGCAAUUCAUGAUAUACAAUGUUUUAGUUGACACCCAAAUGAUACAACCAAUUCUAUCUUCUUCAACAUGUUCUGCUUUUUUUUUAUUCUCACUGUCAAGAUUAGAGCAUUUAAUAAGACAAAAUUUAUAAGUUGGUUGUGUCUGGAUAGCUUACAGAAUGCUAGACCAUUUUUAGAUUAUGUUACACUAUUAUUUUUAUACUUCUUAUGGAUAAAGUGUCUUUUUCUGAUUGCUUGCUCAUUCUCCCAUAUUUAGCCAGCUUGCCGGUGUUUUCAUUUUUCUGUUUAUGUCUGUUCUUAAGAGCAGCUUCCUUGCUAUUUUAUUAGUGCCAUCUAGGUUUGUUUGAUUCAGGAGAAGACUUUUUAGAUAGAACUGUGUUAGACAAUCUGACUUGGGGACACAAUAAGUCCUUCAUUGACAUUUCCCUGACAAAUCAUUCAUCAUUAAUCAUUCACCCAAUAAUUUGUUCACCUGACCUGACAAAUAUUAUUUUAUUUGCUACAAUAUUAUUUUAUUUGCUAUUCUCUUAAGACUUCCCUACAACACUUUAAGUAACUUGAUAGACUAAAUUUAAUGUGAUAUACUGCACCUUCUCGUCACUUAAUUGUACCCACUUAGGGUUGCUCUUCAGAAACAGAAACCAAAUUUCAGUAUUGCGAUGCCCUCUGCCUUAGCAUUUUCAAUGAACUGUUGUUUCUAUAUCUGUGUAUUUUUUUUUUAUCAAGAUCAACUCCCACAUAUUUUUCAUCCAACUGACUUGUUUGAUGCCUUUGAGAUUUUACAAUUAUCCAUUUCCAUGUUGUCCAGGUUUUAUUCUGAGUUCUUUAAAAUUAUCCAUUGUAUAUCUUAUCCAUUUCCGAGUUGUCCAAUUAACUUUGAAUUGAUCUUAUUCUUGGAUUUCUUCAUCAAAUACAUAAGCUGUUAAAUAUUUGUGGCGUAAGUGUAUUAAAAAUGAUGCAAAAAGUUUGGAAUAUUAUACAAGCUGUUGAGGUUUUGGGAGAAACUUAGCAAGAAUCUCCUACCCUUUCUAGUUGAAAUUAAGUAAAAUUGUAUUAUCUUGUUGAUUGCUCAAAAAUAAACCUAGUUACUAUUAAUCUACUUGGGACCACAAUAACUAGUUUGAUGUAACUCUAGUUUAAUGUCUAUGAAGUUUGGUAUUGGUGUAUAAAUAAACUUCUGGUACUUAAAUCUGACUAAAGGGUGUACUUGUAAUAAACAGAUGUUUGGUAGUUGUAUGUUGUAAGGUUUUAACUAUUUCAUUCUAUGCACAUCUCUGGAGACCACUGUGCCUUAGACUUACUUCUUUGAUUUCUUUUGUAUUGAAAUGUUUUUAUCAAUAAGCUUAUGUUUCAAAGUAUUUUUGUAUGUUUUAUUAUAGCCACCAAAAAGUGUUGAUAUUAUUAUCUCUUUUUUUUAACUUGAACUUUUUAAAUCUCCUGAAUUUCUGUGACAUACUCCCAAGUACGUUCAGUUUAAUUUUACCUACCUUCAGAUUUAUCUGCUAAAUUUUAUGUAUAGUAGCAGGUGCAACUUGUUUGAACAUUUUCCCAAGACACUGUGAUGAUUAAAUGGUAGUUCAAUCAUAACUAUUUUUAUUAUACAAUGUCUUGUACUUGAUUGACAGUGUCUCAGCACCUUUGUAUCUGCAUUAUAAAAUUGCUACCCUAUAAAAAAACACUGCUGUUCUAGACAAAAAAUUCCUAAUGUUUUUAUUUAGUUGGUUGCUUUUGGCAUUAUCAUAAUGUGCAUGUAAAGCUCAAAACUUAUAAAUUCCUUCCUAAGGUGCCAUAUUUUAGCAUAUGUAGAAAAUGAGGGUUAUCCAGUAUUAAGCCAAGAAAUGUUCAUCUUUUUUAAGAUGUCAUAAUAUGAAUUACAGUCAGCAAUUUAAAACCUUUCUUUUUUUUUUUUUUUUGAUUAUAUAUAGUGCCAAUAUUUUAUUUUACAGAAGAUAUGGUAUAUUUAAAACAAUCACCAACUCAACUAAGACUGGUUUAUUGACAAACUGUAUUUCUGUAUGUCUCCAUUCAGAUGUUGAACUGAAUAUAUUAUUUAAUGUUUAUAUUUUUUUUUUCACAUUAAACUGUUCUAUUUCUUUUUUUA